AUGGGUAAACCAGAAGCUCCACCUGAAUAUACACAUAGACCAAACAAUGAACUAAGCUACGAUCAGCCCCCGCCGCUAGUAGGAGAUGAACCUGUGUAUUUUGAAAGCGCUGCUCCUCGAGGCUGGUCAGUCACCAUAAAUAACCGGUUUUGGACAGAUGGUUUUAGAAUUUUCGUUAGUAAAGAUUCAGCAGAGAAAUUUAAAGCUUUUAAGAAUAAUCCCAAUGAACAUAUCAAGGAUUUACAACGUCAAGGAAUUGGAAUACCUUUGUUUAAAGCCAUUGAUCCUUUAAACCCAGUGACGACAAAAUUUUUGACGUUCAGGAGGUAUGUCCCCAAUCAAAUCGGGAGAUUCGAUAUCGACAAAGAUUUUUACAUUUACUGUCAAGUGAAGAAGAAGUACCAUAUAGGAUACAAUAGUUAUGUUUUUGACUUCACACCUGAUCCUAACUCUCCCAAGGCCAAUUUUCAAAUUGUCAUGUUUGCUCAUUCAACAUUACCAAUUUGCGAUUAUGUAUACAAAGGUGAAGUGCAUCGAUGGAUUGACGAAAGUUUCCGAAGGAAAUUUAGGGCAUAUUUUCAGGUGAAAUAUGGAUUCAAACAUUCUGUUCUACGACCAGGACAACCUUCAUUGGUUGACAGUUGGGAUGGACGCACCGACAAGUUGGAUAAAAAUAAACCAAAUCCGUAUUUGAAGUCUCUCUUCAAGAUGAAACUAAGUCCAAAGGCAAGAUUACCGAAACCCGAAUACUAUGGUGAACGUUGCACAGCUAUCUUGGGUGAAGCCGAAACUUAUUUCAAAUUGGGAUAUGGCGAGGUAAGAAUAGAUGAUUUGUAUAAUCCUGAUCCUAAUGUUGACUAUGAAAGCGUGCUUUCGAUGCACGACGAUGCAUUGGUACUUGUUUGUGUAGCCACUGUGCUAAAGAGACAAAAGGAUAUCGAAGAGGAUGCACGAAAAAGGUCACAAUAG